GGACUUAAAAUGUUCCAAAACAGCUACAAACUACUUUUUUAACAGACUUUUUUGAGUAUUUUUAUAUUUUUAGCAAAGAAAAAUGAUGAAUUUGACUUAAACAACUUAAUCUAAUUUUUUAUUUGUCUUCAAACUUGAUAAAAAUAUAAAUAUAAGAAAGUAAAGAUUUUGGUGUAUGAUGUUAGUUUUGUUUCGUCAGCUUCAUAAAUAAAAAAAUGAAAAGCUUCUUCUUCAUGUAUAAGUCUGUUUGAAAUUAUUGUUUAAUAAUGGAUACAAGUAGCCUUUGAGUAGAGCCAAAGGGCAUUAUUGAACAUUUUUUCAUUGGAAGCAGUCACACACAUCAAAACACAUGUCCUACUUCUCCCUUUGAAGGACACCUUCUUCUGAUUUCUGUUCUAUUGUGUUAGGUAGUACUCUUUUAAUUGAACCGAACCGACUCUUUCUUCGUUUCAAUGAGCUGUUUUUGCUUGACGAAAGGAAAACCGAAAACUAAGCACGAACAAACUUCUAUUCUUGUUCAGGAAACAUCCUUCACUGUAAAUGAGGUUGAGGCUUUAUUUGACUUGUUUAAGAAACUAAGCAGUUCAAUUAUUGAUGAUGGCUGCAUUCACAAGGAGGAGUUCCAACUUGCACUUUUCAGAAAUAGUAGCAAGCAGAAUCUACUUGCAAGCAGGGUAUUCGAUAUGUUUGAUAUUAAGCGUAAUGGAGUAAUUGAAUUUGGAGAAUUCGUUCGCUCACUAAGCAUCUUUCAUCCAAGGGCAUCUGAAGACAAAAAAAUUGAAUUUGCAUUUAAAUUGUUUGACCUUGGAAAGACUGGAUACAUUGAGCACAGUGCGUUGAAGGAGAUGGUUUUGGCUACUUUGACUGAAUCAGAUGUUACAGUUUCAAAUGAUAUUGUUGAAUCAAUUGUGGAUAAGACAAUGAAGGAGGUUGAUUUAAAAGGAGAUGGGAAAAUUGAUAUGGAAGAGUGGAAAGAAUAUGCAUUAAAAACACCUUCACUUCUUAAGAUGAUGACUCUGCCAUAUCUAAAGGAUAUAACUAUGGCAUUUCCCAGCUUUGUUUUGCACACGGAGGCGGAAGACUAGCUACAAACAAUUGAAGAUCAAUGAACCAGAAAGGGUUGCAAUUUGCUGCUAUGGAAUAGAAUGCAUUUUAAUUGUAUAUAAUAUGAUGUGUUGAGCACUUUAUGUACCCUUAGGCAACCUAACUUUGAUGGAUUCACUUAAUUGUGUGCAUAUAUAUGUACUGAACUCGGUUAAAAAAGUUGUAAUAAUGCCAAUGAAUGAUCAAAGAAGCUUGCAAAAACAAUUGUUUUGAAAUUUUAUAGAAUGAUUAUAGACCAACAA